AUGCUGCAUCCCUACGGCUCGACCAAGAUCCAGUCUUGCCUCUCCAACCAAAGCCUCAUAUUCUUCGGUGGCACAAAAGCUCGCCAAAUCUUCUGGACUGUCGCAGAAAAGUUGGACCUCCAGGGAGCUCAAAUUGCUAGCCAGAAGCCAGAAACCAACAUCACAGGUGCUACGAUAUUCAACUCGAAGGGCGCGGGAAUCAUUCAUGUCUGGGAUCCUGCAUUCAACUCUACCCGCCAUGCCCUCGUAGGCAUCAGGCCAAUAGAAAAGAAUUACACUCCUGCAGGUUACCCGUGGAUGAUCGACGAUACUCACUUCUUUUUCAAUGAGGAUGGUAUCCACCUCACCAACGAGGCUGCGCCUCUCCAUGCGGAUGCCGUGCUGAAUUACUUCUGCAACAAGCUUGUCGACGUGCCAUCAAAAAGUUCUCAAGCUUACUGUUGCGCCCCAUAUGUCGGUCCAAAUGGUGUGCAGAAGAUGCUGUUGUUAAUGAGUUCGUGUGCGAUCGUCUAUCACCUCUUAUCGUUCUUCGCCUGCAGCAAGCGUAUCUUCAAUCAUGAAAGAGGCUGGCUCUCUUUCCCGGAAACAGCCAGAGUCGCUGGUGCAGUGGCUACAAUCUCGCUUGCCGUACUGUACUGCUACAUGGCCGAUCGUACUGCCUUGUUCGAAAAAGCUACGAAAGCGGCUGAGCUGGGCACAUUCUUGUGUAUGACUGGCAUCGCCCUGCUCGCAGGCCUAGCCACCUUCAAGCAAAAUCGGGUCCAGCAUGAGACCACCAAUGGAAACAUGACCGCACUACCAGAAUACCGUCAAGUGCUUUCCAGGCAGCAGACGGAGGAGUGGAAAGGCUGGAUGCAGAUCAUCAUCCUCUUGUACCACUACCUUGGCUUGUCAAAAGUCCUCUGGGUCUAUCAGUUUGUCCGGCUGUUGGUCUCUUCGUACCUCUUCAUGACUGGAUUCGGCCACACCACCUACUUCAUCACCACGAAUGACUUCUCAUUCCGCAGAGUAGCGACUGUUUUGCUGAGGACUAAUUUACUCAAUAUCAUUCUCGCUUUCGUGAUGGGGACUCGGUACGAUCUGUACUAUUUCCCAAUGCUGACCAGCUUGUGGUUUCUCAUUGUGUGGGCAACAGUUCCUAGAAAUGCAGCACCUGGCGUGGACAUGUAUCGGUUUGUCCGCCGGACCGCCAUAUCCUUUACGUUGGUCAGACUUACCCUAGGAGCUAGUGAUAUCAUUGAACCGUUCUUCGCCGUUCUCGGUGAUGCAGGCUUAGGCCUUCCUGGAAUCGACGGGCGGGAGCUAUUCUUCAGAUUCGGCCUCGAUGCAUACAUUGCCUUCAUUGGCAUGAUCACGGCAGUUCUUUAUGCAAAGUACGACACUUGCUAUGGCCUCCAGUGCCAUAAAAUUGCGGCAGUGGCUAUCCCCUGGUUUCAGCCGACUUCGAGAUUGACAACAUGGGGCGCCACGGUCGUCGUUUUGGCAUACUCGAUAUUCUGCGGCUGUUUCACAGACAAGUUUCGGUACAAUGAAUGGCAUCCUCUUCUUUCGCCCUUGCCUGUGCUGGCUUUCAUUGCCCUCAGGAAUUCGACCCGAAAAUUGUCGGCCUCUCACAGUCGACUCUUUGCAUGGUUUGGCCGAUGCUCUCUGGAGACCUUUGUCUUUCAAUAUCACAUAUUGCUUGCUGCCGACUCUCGCGGCGUGCUGCGCCCGAGACUAGCCUGCAAACUCCUCGGUCGCCAGGGCUGCCGAGGCGUGUUUGAUAUUUUGGAGACCGCAAUCGUGGUUGCUGCGUUUCUCUGGACGAGCGCUGCUACGACAAACGCCCUGUCGAUAAUCACCAAGAGUCUUGCAGGCCUCGGACCUAAGGCGCUGUUCGUAUUUGUCGGCGUAUGGAUACUAAACUUGGCGUGGAUACCAGCGGCCGCUACAACCGCGUAA